AUGGUUUCUGAGUUCAGACGGGAAGCUCAACAGAAAUCCAGCAGCAGCAGCUCAGAGCAACAAGCUGCAGAACCAGGAGAAGUUCCCUGUGACGUCUGCACUGGAACCAGACUGAAGGCCCUGAAGUCCUGCCUGGUGUGUCUGCUGUCCUACUGUGAGACUCACCUGGAGCCUCAUCUGACAAUGUCAGGUCUGAAAAGACAUCAGCUGGUGGAGCCUGUGGAGAACCUGGAGGACAGGAUUUGUACGAAGCACGAUAAACCUCUGGAGCUGUUCUGUAAGACCGACCAGACAUGUGUCUGCAUGCUCUGCUCUGUUUUAGACCACAAGAAUCAUGAGUUUGUUCCUCUGAGAGAAGAAUAUGAAGGAAAGAAGGCAGAUCUGGAGAAGACAGAGGCUGAGAUUCAGCAGAUGAUCCAGAAGAGACGACUGAAGAUUCAGGAGAUCAAAGAGUCUCUGAAGAUCAGUAACGAUGCUGCAGACAGAGAGAAAGCAGAAGGUGUUCAGGUCUUCACUGAUCUGAAGGAGUCUGUUGAGAGACGUCUGAAGGAGUUCAUGAAGGAGAUGGAAGACAAACAGAAAACUGCAGAGAAACAGGCUGAAGACUUCAUCAAAGAUCUGGAACAGGAAAUCUGUGAGCUGAAGAAGAGGAGCUCUGAGGUGGAGCAGCUCUCACGCUCUGAAGAUCACCUCCACCUCCUCCAAAGAUUCUCAUCCCUGAAAGAUGCUCUACCCACCAAGAACUGGACAGAGGUCAGAGUCCAUCCACCUUCAUAUGAGGGGACUGUGGUGAGAGCUGUGGACCAGCUGGAGAAGAACCUCAGAGAAAAGAUGAAGAAACUGUUUGAAGCUGAGCUGAGGAGGAUCCAAAGACUGAAUGGGAUGUAG